CGCCAAUCUGCGGUCCCUGCUGUCUUUCCCAGGCUGCAGAUCUGAGAAGUCCAGCUGCGGGAUGACCACUGGUGUCCCUCUUGACUCGAUUUCCAGCCGCUUUCCCAAGCCCACGCCUGCCUGUUAUUGCCUUACCAGGCAGGGGCGAAGAGACGCCUAAGGAAGACGGAGUAGAAGGGUGGAGAGUAAGCCAGCAGGCGAGCUCUUUCUGGCCGGCCUGCUUUGAGCUGUUCAUAAUGCCUCUUGGGAAAGGCUGGAAGAAAACAGUCGAAGACAUUGCCAGUGUCUACGACAUCAAGGAGAAGCUGGGCGCGGGGGCUUUUUCAGAAGUGCUCUUGGCCCAGGAACAUGGAUCGCAGCGCCUUGUAGCUCUCAAAUGUAUUCCUAAAAAAGCACUGCGAGGUAAAGAAGCAGCUGUGGAGAAUGAAAUUGCUGUACUCAAAAAGAUUCAACAUGAGAACAUUGUUGCUCUGGAAGAUAUUUAUGAAAGUCCCACUCAUUUGUACCUGGCCAUGCAGCUGGUGACAGGCGGAGAGCUCUUUGAUCGCAUCAUUGAACGAGGCUAUUACACAGAAAAGGAUGCCAGCCAACUCAUCCGGCAGGUGCUAGAGGCUGUGAAUUACCUGCAUGAUCUGGGAAUUGUUCAUCGGGAUCUCAAACCUGAAAAUCUCCUAUAUGCUACACCAUUUGAGGAUGCCAAGAUUAUGAUUACGGACUUUGGGCUGUCUAAAAUUGAGGCUGAUGGUAUCAUGUCUACAGCUUGUGGAACCCCGGGCUAUGUUGCCCCGGAGAUCCUGGAGCAGAAGCCCUACGGAAAAGCAGUGGAUUCCUGGGCACUUGGUGUCAUCUCCUAUAUCUUACUUUGUGGUUAUCCUCCUUUCUAUGAUGAGAACGACUCCGAGCUUUUCAACCAGAUCCUGAAAGCUGAAUAUGAGUUUGACUCCCCAUACUGGGAUGAUAUCUCUGAUUCAGCCAAAGAUUUCAUCCGACAUCUUCUAGAACGGGACCCUGAGAAACGAUUUACUUGUGAACAAGCUCUGCAACAUCCCUGGAUCUCUGGGGAUACAGCUCUGGAGAAGGACAUUCAUGGAUCGGUGUGUGAGCAGAUUCAGAAGAACUUUGCUCGCAGUCAGUGGAAGCGAGCAAUCAAUGCCACAUCCUUUUUGCGCCAUAUCACCAAGAUGGGGCCAGGUGCAGAGGGUGAAGAAAUUGGAGAGGCAACAUCUGGAGGACAGCGUGGAAAAUGGUGACCCCCCCCCCAGAGAUGCUUCAAGAGCCUGGGCCACUGCCUUGCAUGAGCUACCCUCCUGCAUGCGGCUUCACAGCCACAACGCUGCGUCGGCACCCUCCCCCAACUGUGGGGUAUCCUUUCAUUUUGUGCUCCCCCCCCCUCUGGGGAUAUCUCUGCCCCGAGGGGCUCAGGAGUUCAGUCAAGCCAAGAGCAUCACUGUCCAGCCUGCUUUGAGCCGGCUCAAAUGCUCCCUGCCUGGGGCCAGAGGUCAUCCCCUUGAAGCUGGUGGAGCCUUUGCAAUCUUGCUGCGUUACUCACCUCACUUCCAUCCAUGUCAGCCACUGAGGCCAGCAACCUACUGGAGAAUCAGCAGAGAGUGCGGUGGUGGGGAAGUAAACUCUCAGCCAUUCUUUGCCAGCUGUUGGGGUAAUUUCAAAAUUGCUUUGAGAAGCUAUUUCUCCUCCUGUCCUCAAGAGCCAUAGAGGGAAAGGCUGGUUGUGCUGAAGGAGUCCAGUGAAACAUGACAGCUCUGUUGUUGGAAGAGAAGGGACUUCUCUGCUAGGAUGUUGGGAGCUGCCACAGCAAAACUGAAGCCUUGAAUCUGGGCUAUCUUAGCUCAAGCUGAAUCAGGAUCAAAAUGAAAUUGAAUAGGGGAGCCUUAGAAGGGUAUGCCUGGGUGUUCCCAGAGUCCCCAAAGGAUACAACUUCCUUCUGAUCUUAGAGCAAUGUUGUAACCAUUUAAAAUAUGUGAGUGAGAUUUUGGGUAGAUAAGAUCACUGCUGACUAUAUGCAAUGUUUUAAAAAUGAAUUGCUUGCUUAAGAAGAGCCUACGUGACCCCCAAAGUACAGAUCAAGGUAGUGAGCUGAUGCAUCUCCUUGGUCUAGGAAGCAACUGCCUGAUCUGAUAUUUGACUUGUAGGUAAAUGCGUUUUUACUUUAUAUUGUAAUUGCUAGGCUGAGUAAGACAAGACCUUGUCAGAAAUUUGAUGGAAACAGAGAGCCGGUGUGAUCCUGUCAGAAGAAGAAAUGGACUUCUGGAGGAGUUAGCUUGAUGCUCCAAGCUAAUUAAAAUUAAAACUAUUACUGUAGUAUCCCUCUUCCUGUAACAGAAGUGAACGACCAUCUGUAGGAUGGCUUCAGCAUCUAGGCUGCUUCCAUCCGUGAAUCUUCCUUUCCACUAUAUCAUUGCUUUUCAGGUUUUGUACUUUGUGGGACUGGAAUAUGAAUCAAUGUGGUGUGUGUUUCCAUUUCAUUGCAAAAAACCCCAUCUACAUUAGCAAGCAGAUUAUGAUGGGAUCUCCUCAAAUUUCUACAUGCCAUCCCACCAAGCCUGUAUUUCCUUAGACACCCUGGUUGUUUUGAAAACGCAUGUGUUGGUGUUUUGUACACCUGCACAGUUUUUUAUUUGCCAGAAUUUCAAAAUACUAUCUAGUUUUCAGUAAAGUCCCCCUAGUAUAAUAUAGGCAUUUUUACAUUUGGUAACAAUAAAAGGGUUAACCUGCAACAUCAAAAGGUCCAUUAAGGGAUCCUGAAAUCACCAACUAGAAGGUUUGUGUGCAUCUUUCCCCUCUUUUACAUCAAUAUUCCAAAGGAGCAAAUAGGAGCAUUUUAAAAAGUAUGUGCAUAUUGGCUGAUCGCUUACAUACAUACUGUAUGUAGGAAAAGAUUUUUUUGACCUUGAAUGGGAAAGAGGAAAAACUCAAUAGAGGUGAGAUAUAAAGCAAAUUAUAUAUAUAAAAAAGCAAAUGAGUUUUGAAAUUUUAGUUUAUUGUUUAAAAUAAUCACAAUCCUGGAAUAUGGGAGUUUGUGAACUGGGGCAUUCUCUCAGAAUUUUUGAGAGUGAAGAACUACAGAAGAUUUUUACUUUGAGAAUUGUGUUUCUGUUUUGUUUCUAGCUAAAUGGAUUAUGCAUGGUAAAGAGGAAAAAAAAGAAUAAAAAGAAAUAAAACGUUUAUGUGUAGGGAGGCUUUAAUGACCACGGGAUGAUGAAGAAAUCCCUCUGAUGAUAUUUUAGCGAAUUUUUGCUAGCACACGUUAGAAGGUCCACCUGGCAUCCGUUGUAAGUGGAAUGAGACCUGCCUUUUGAAAUGGAGCCAUGGAUGCUCCCCCACCCCAGACAAUAGGAUAGCCACAAGAUUUCCCACAUAAAGAUGGUGAUUGACAGGGAAACAAGUAACAAAGCCAGUAGUUAUAUUCCACCUUUUGCAUCACCUGUCUGUAGCUUGCCUGCUGGACUGGACGUUUGCUUUGCUGAAAUGCUUGGAAUUGGAGACUUUCUUAAGAUUCUUGGUGGGAUGGAUGGGAAUUGUUUUCCUUCAUGCUUCCCUUCCCUAUACAAAUGUGUCAAAUAAACUGGUGAAAACAGGAA